AUGGGACAGAGGGGCAUGUGCAAGGACAAGUGGGAGCCAACUGUACACUCGACUGGGAGUGCUAGAUGGACCCUGGGCAUUGUAAAGAGGCAGAGUAGAGAUUACUUCCGUGAGAAACCAAAUUGUAUCUAUGGGGAUUCAGUGGAGGAGAGUGUUAGCAUUGCUCUAACCUGUGAACAAGGCAGGAGCUGCUUCCAGUAUGCUUCAGUUAGUGACUCUGCAAGGGAGGAGGCUCAGGAUCCUCAGAGAGGGAGCAUUGCUGUAACCACAUUCUCUGUGCCCUUGCAAUCUCUGGAAAUACAACAGAAUCUUACAGAAUUUUUCAUGCUGGGACUCUCACAGAAGCCAGAGGUACAAAGAGUUUUAUUUGUGUUCUUUCUGUUUAUUUAUGUGAUCACAGUGUGUGGCAACAUGCUCAUAGUGAUCACCAUCGCUGUCAGCUCCAUGCUGGCUUCCCCCAUGUACUUUUUCCUGGCCAAUCUAUCCUUUAUUGACACCUGUUAUUCUUCCUCUUUGGCACCUAAGCUCAUUGCUGACUCCUUGUAUGAGGGUACAACCAUCUCUUAUGAGAACUGCCUAGCUCAGCUCUUUGGAGCCCAUUUCUUGGGAAGUGUUGAAAUCAUUUUGCUUACAGUGAUGGCCUAUGACCGCUAUGUGGCCAUCUGCAAGCCCCUGCAUUACACGGCCAUCAUGACCAGGAAACUCUGUGUCAUGUUACUGGCAGUGGCUUGGCUGGGGGGCUUCUUGCAUUCAUUGGUUCAGCUCCUCCUGGUCCUUCAGUUGCCCUUCUGUGGGCCCAAUGUGAUCGACCACUUCGUCUGUGACUUGUACCCUCUGCUGGAGCUCGCCUGCACGGACACCUACGUCACUGGUCUGCUGGUGGUGGCCAACAGUGGUGUGAUCUGCCUGCUGAACUUCCUCAUGUUGGCUGCCUCCUACAUUGUCAUUCUGCACUCCUUGAGGUCCCACAGUGCUGAGGGGAGACGCAAAGCCCUGUCUACCUGCGGGGCUCACUUCACAGUGGUUGCCUUGUUCUUUGUGCCCUGUAUCUUUAGUUAUAUGCGUCCACCAUCUACUUUAUCCAUAGACAAGAGCAUGGCAGUAUUUUAUGGCAUUCUGACACCUAUGCUGAAUCCACUCAUUUAUACCCUGAGAAAUGAUGAGGCAAAAAAUGCCAUGAGAAAAUUCUUUGUAUAA